GCCUCGUCACAGACCCAGCCUGCUGCACGUUUUACCGACCCCUCGAUCGUCUCGGCCUCGCGUUGUCACGUUUCAUCUCGUCAUGCGUUCCGGCCAUUUUCUGCCUGCCUUCAGACUUGUCAAAGAAAUCCACGAAUGAGGCCAAUGCUGACCAAAUCAGAGCAGCAGUCAUGUUGCUCAACGGUCAGAUCUCCGCGCUCUCUCUCGACGAUAACGACAACGGCCAGCAGCAUCAGGAUGAGGUCCAGGCCAAGCACCAGGACCAGGGCCACACUUGCCCUUCGCGUCCAUCCGUACCCUCGUUGAGCCGCAUCUACCGCUGCACCCCCGUGCCCACGAUCGUCCUCGAUGCGUCGAUGGUCAUCAUCGAAGUCUCCAACAGCCAUGUCGCCCUCUUCGGCAAGCCACGGGACUCGCUGCUUCACACCUCGAUCAGCGACGUCAGCCCCGAAUGCAUCCCAGUUCCUAAUAUUCCCAUCCUUUACGGUGCUCUGCGUGCCGCCUGCUCGACUCGAGAAAUCCAGGUGGUGGAACAUGUCGUGGUCGGGGAAAAGAUAGCGCACAAUCUACGGGUGACGCCGGUCUAUGAGGAUGAAACGCUGCUUUUUGUCGUGCUGGAAGUCGAGAAUCUCAGGGCCGAGGUCAUCAACAACCAGCAUGCUUACAUGAAUGAGACUUAUAAGAUCCUCGUCGACACCGUUAAGGAUUACGCUAUCUUUAUGCUCGAUCCGACCGGCCAUAUCGCCACCUGGAAUGCGGGCGCGGGUGUCCUCAAGGGCUACAAAGCGGAGGAGAUUAUCGGCAAGCAUUUCUCCAUUCUCUAUAGUCCCGCGGAUCGAGAUAACGGCAAGCCCGCCCGAGCACUCGAUGUUUGUUUGCGGGAGGGCCGAAUCGAAGAUGAGGGCUGGAGGUACCGCCGCGAUGGAUCCAGAUUCUGGGCCAAUGUGCUCAUUACUCCAAUCUACCAGUUCGGCCAACAUGUCGGUUUUGUCAAAGUGACGCGCGACCUUACCGAGCGUAAGGAGGCUGAGGCUUGCAUGAUUGCCGCCUUUGAAGAGUCGUCCCGGUUGAAGACCGAUUUUCUCGCCAACAUCAGCCACGAGAUUCGCACUCCAAUGAAUGGAAUGCAGAUCGCCUUGACCAUGCUAACCGAUACGGGUCUCUCCGAGGAACAGCGCGAGCACGCCAAUAUCGUGCAGGACUCCAUGUCGCUGCUCCUGCAGAUCGUCAACGACGUUCUUGACUAUUCGAAACUGUCAUCCGGCUCCUUCUCUCUCCACGCUGACAUGCUCGAUAUUCGAGAGAUUGUUGGUGCUGUCGUCCGGAACUGCCGGUCCUCACUCCAGGAAGGGGUCGAGUUGGACACGGAGAUCAGUCCAAAACUGCCCACGCGCAUGCGUGGGGACCCCCUUCGAUACCGACAGGUUUUGCAGAACUUGGUUGGCAAUGCGGUCAAGUUCACUGAGAAAGGAUCCAUUCAUGUAAAGAUCACCUCGUCGACCGACGAGGAGGAUUCAGAUUCCUCCGUAGUCAGGACCGAGGUGACAGACACCGGAAUUGGUGUCCCAGAUAGUGCAAUCAACACUCUCUUCACCCCCUUCUCGCGCUUCGCCAACUCCGCCGCACGGAAAUACCAAGGCACCGGCCUGGGUCUCUCCAUCUGUAAGAGCCUAGCCGAGCUCAUGGAUGGGUCUGUCGGCUAUUCGCCAAACCCGAAUGCUAGCGGCAGUGUUUUUUGGUUCACAGCGAAGAUGGGCGGCCGGUCCGUCACACCCCCCUCCAAGUCACCCAGCGUUUCGGGGAGCCCCGUACCCACCGAAGUUGCUUCGGAAAUGCGAUCCAUAGCGCCUCGAAAACACGUCCUGUUAGUCGAAGACAACAUUGUCAACCAUACCGUUAUGUUGAAGCUCCUACAUACCAUCGGUUUCCAGCGCAUCGAUGGGGCCUGGAACGGUGCCGAGGCCGUCCGCAUGGUCAGACAAAAGCCGCUUUCCUACGACAUUAUCUUAAUGGACGUAUCCAUGCCCGUCCUGGAUGGGCUUGCCGCAACCGAACAGAUUCGCGAUAUGGGCCUAACGAUGCCGAUCAUUGCCAUUACUGGAAAUGCGAUGAAGGGUGAUGCGGAAACGUACAUAGCCCAAGGCAUGGACGAUUGCAUCUGCAAACCUGUCCACCGGGAUCAAUUGUUGCGUGUCCUCUGGAAAUGGUUUGGGACGUAGUCCUCAGUCUCAGCAUGGAUAUUGGACUGAGACACGAAGAUAUGCGUUUAUUUGCAUGAGUUGGCGUCAGGAGAAGAUAUCACGGGAAAUCGGUAUAUACGCGGCAUAUAGGGAUCUGUAAUACAACAUCACCUAGUCUUUCUCGGCAGCUAAUUCAAUUUACUUUCAUUUUUU